GCGAAUCCGAGCUUCAGCGAGCAUCCGAGGCCCACUGUUCGACUCCAUUGUCGACCACUGUCAAUAUUAGCGCCAUUGCAACUGCUGGGUGUGGGCGAAUCUGCGCCCCGCCACCGGAAGCGAAAAGCAGCACCCUGAAUUUCUCAUCGUUCAAAACUAGCUUCACUUCCAAUGUUAAUUUCCUGAAGAGAAGAUUCAGCUCGGGAGACUUGUCUUCCGAGGUCGACGAUGUCGAUCCCAAUAGCUUGCCGCCAGCGGCUCGUCCCAUCCAGGACCAGCCCACGAAGCCGCCGGUGCCGGUCGGCGGCGGGCCACCCAAUAUGCCACCUCCGCCGGCACCGGGCCAAUCGGCGCCCGGCCAACCGGCUGGAGCCGCUCCGGAGCUAUCGCUGAGCUUCGGGGCCGGCAAGGCGCCGACUACAGCGGCUCCGGCACCACCGCGUGGUGUCAGUGCCCCCACCAGUCCGGCCAAGUCGCGCGAGAGCCUGCUGCAGCGAGUGCAGAGCCUGACGGGUGCCGCCCGAGAUCAGGGCGCCUCCAUACUGGGAGCUGCUGUCCAGAGCGCCACACAACGGACACCGGCCUUCAACAAGGACAAGUACUUCACGCUCCUGGUGCUGGAUGACCAGAACACGGACUGGUCCAAGUACUUCCGGGGCAGGCGGCUGCACGGCGAUUUCGAUAUACGCGUGGAGCAGGCCGAGUUCAGGGACAUUACGGUGGUCUCCAGCGCCGAUACCGGACCGGUAGUCACCAUGGCCGCCUACCGCAGCGGCACUCGGGUUGCGCGCUCCUUCCGGCCGGACUUCGUGUUGAUACGCCAGCCGCCACGUGACGGUUCCAGCGACUUCCGUUCCACCAUUCUCGGACUCAAGUACGGCGGAGUGCCCAGCAUCAAUUCGCUGCAUUCGAUCUACCAGUUUCAGGACAAACCCUGGGUGUUCUCGCAUCUGCUGCAGCUGCAGCGGCGUCUGGGCCGCGACGGCUUCCCACUGAUCGAGCAGACCUUCUUCCCGAAUCCACGCGAUUUGUUCCAAUUCACCAAGUUCCCCAGCGUGCUGAAGGCCGGACAUUGUCAUGGCGGAGUGGCCACCGCUCGGCUGGAGAACCAGAGCGCCCUGCAAGACGCCGCCGGACUGGUGAGCGGUGCCGGCAACGAAACGCAUUGUUAUUGCACCAUCGAGCCCUACAUCGAUGCCAAGUUCAGCGUGCACAUCCAGAAGAUUGGCAACAACUACAAGGCAUUUAUGCGCAAAUCCAUCUCCGGCAAUUGGAAGACCAAUCAAGGCUCCGCCAUGCUGGAGCAAAUCACUUUAACCGAGAAGUACAAAACCUGGGUGGAUGAGAUAUCGGAGCUCUUUGGCGGCAUGGAAGUGUGCGGUCUCUCCGUGGUCGUGGCCAAAGACGGACGCGAGUACAUCAUCAGUGCCUGCGACAGCACAUUUGCGCUCAUCGGCGACAGUCAGGAGGAUGACCGCAGGCAGAUAGCCGACCUGGUGUCGGGCCGCAUGCAGAACGUUUGCCGCCCCAGCAUGGCUCAGACAGGACCGGGCAGGCUCCCCUCCCGCUCGUCGGUGUCCUCGCGCGCCGAGAGCCCCACAGACGAUGGCAUGGCCCCAACACCGCCACUUCCAGCCGGACCCCGGCCAGCGCCCAUGGGCGGACCACCGCCCAUACCCGAGCGCACCUCGCCAGCGGUGGGAUCCAUUGGACGGCUGAGCAGCCGCAGCAGCAUAUCCGAGCUGCCGGAGGAGCCGUCCUCCUCGGGGCCGAGCACUGUGGGAGGAGUGCGACGCGACUCGCAGACAUCGCAGGCAUCGAGCAUCUCGUCGGUGUCCAGGGUGGGACAACGUCCUCCGCAGACCCAGAGCUCCGUGGUGGAGGAUGCGGAGGACACGAUGAAGAACCUGAGGAAGACGUUCGCGGGGAUAUUUGGCGACAUGUAGGAAAUCGCUAAUAAGAAGCGCGGCAGAACGGCGAGCGAGACAAGCAGCGGCCUGGGCAGUGUGCCCACCAGUGCCGGGCCAGGGAGCAGCGGAGGCAGCGGCUUCAGCGGCUCCUUCCUGGGCAAGCAGUUCUCGUUCGCCUCGGGCGGCAAGUCUGGCAACGGCAACGGCAACGGCACGGAGGUGAUCUCCACCCAGCCCAGCCGUCCGCUGGAGGAGCCAUCAGCGGCCAGCUCAGCCGUCCAGCCCGGCAGCAGCGUUUCGGAUAGCGUCAACAUAACUACGGAUACAAGUACGGAUAAAGCCGCCGGCGGCUAUAAGCCGGUGACCAACUUUGAGCCACAGGAACGGGUCAAUCCCUUCGACAAGGAGCCGCACAAGUCAUCGAGCGUGGCCAGCAUCGCUGGCGCCGCCUCGAACCACACCACCUCAUCCUCCUCGUCGAUCUCAUCGUCAUCGAUCUCGUCGCGCAUCAAUCGCAAUGGCAACGGCAUCAAGUCGCCGCCCCCACCCUCGGGCCCGCCACCGCCGCCACCCACCGUGGCCGCCACGGUCCACAGCAAUGCCAACAGCUCCAGUGGGUAUCGCAACAGCUUCAGCAGCACCCUCAGCAAGGACAAGACCAGCUACGGCAACUACGGCAGCUCCACCUCCAUCGAGACGAUCACGCGCAUGGACACGAACACCACAAACACGGCGGCCACAGCCACGGGCGCCGGCGAGGCCAGCGGCAUCACGGCCAUCACCAGCAUCAGCAAUAGUGCUGGCAUAGGAGCGGGAGCAGGAGCAAUUGCUCCUUCCACUGCAGUGGGACCGAUGACCACCUCGGCCACCACCAACGAUUGGCGCUCGGCCAUCGGGAUCCGUUCGGCCAGCGUCUACAGUGCACCGGCGGCCGUGACCACCACAGCACUGCCGGGGGACACGUCCGGCUACGACUCGAACUCGAUCGCCUCGCAGGCGGAGUACAACAAUCCCAGCGAUCUGCCCUCGUACACCAGACCCUCGUACACGCGCUCCGAGAGCAAUGCCUCCAAGUCGUCGGAUCUGGACAUUAUAUUUGGGGAUCCCAAGACCAGCAGCACCACCACACCAUCCUAUGGCAAUGGCAAGUUCACCAGGGCCGCCGGCUCCAUCUCUGAUGCGGACAUGAUUUUCGGGGGACCUCCUUCGAACUACAAGACGGAUCGCUUCGGUGCGGCCAAGAGCAUGAGCAUGAGCUCUAGCGGAGUGGGUGCUGGCUCUGGAUCGAGCGGCUAUAAGAUCUACGAAGGCAUACAGAAUGCGGCCUUCAGUGACUUCAGCGAUACGGGCAGUGUGAGCAGCAUGGGCUCGGCCACCAGGCGCUGGAGUGCCGCCCGCGAAGAUGAUGAUGAAAUAGAUUUGAAGUGAAUCUAAAGGGCACUCUAACAAAAAAUCUAUUACCUAUCAUAUACCUAUACUAUGGAAAUCGAUCUGUUUCUGCCUCUGAAGUUUCCUGGUUUCAAGCGAAACUAAACAUACACAUACACCUACAACAGCAUCAGCAUCAGCCAUUGGGUUACUGUCCUUUCAACUAUCUAACUAUCAAUGUGUGUCUUGUUACUGAAUAUUUACUGUAAACCCCUAGAAUUCAUUUGCCAUACAAGAAGAGAAGGGAAGACGCCGCAGAAGCAGCUCUGUAGACACUGUAGUACACUACUAAUCUAUAAUUAUAACCACCAAAUGCAACAACAAUAAUGCAAAGCCCAUAUAGAUAUAUAUAUACUAUAUGUAUGUGCAAAGAUGACUUGACUGGUUUUGCAGCAUAAACAUAAACAUAUUUAAUUAAAUCAUACCUAAAACAUUUUGAAAGAUUUUCGAAAAACAUGAAAGUAUAUAUAGUAUAUUAAAUAUAUUAUUGAGCCAAAUAUUGAAUUAUAUGGUAUACCCCCCAUCCCCCCCAUACACAUAUUAAAUCACAAUAUAUUACAUGUUAAUGGGAGAACUUUUAAUCGAAAUAUUAAUGAAUUUGUUAAAUAUACCAACAUGAGACAUGAUAUAAUAUCGAACAAACAAAAAAAACUAAAAACAUAAAAGACAAUAUGCGCAAGAGUAUGAUGAUAAACAGGCAAAAGUUUAAUACUAAUACUCUAAAAAUACAAUGCGUUAUAAUUCUAAUGGAUAAAUCGGUUAUUGAACUAUAUGUAUUCCGAAAUUACUAUGAGCAAAUGUUACAUACCAAACACAGACACACACAGACACAAACUAAAUGUUUAUUAUGGUAACCAACCAACCACAAAUAUGUAUUACGAUUAUGAUUAUUAUCAUUAUGAUCUAUUAGCGGUUAAUGUUUAACAGACGAUAGCCAUUGAGGGCUACAGAGGGAGAGACGAUGUACCAGGAGGGACAAGCAAUGUUAAGCUAGAAACAGCAACAAUAACGAACCAAACAUAUUCGAAUCUCUAAGGAUGCAGUGGCAUCCACAGGAACUACAUUUAUAUAGGGCUUAGUUGGUACAGGGAGCAGCAGCUGAAGAUGAGGAAAAUCUAGAUAAUAUAUAUAAAUAAAUAUUUAAAUGAAUGAAGUCAACGAAGUCAUAUUUUAAACAUACAUACAUAUAUUCAAAGGAAACAAUAGCUUUGAUUUGAUUUAGCUACAAAUUGUUUUUAAGGAUUGUUUGUUCUUUUGUUACGCACAUGUUAAAGCAUUAUUUAUACCAUAGACAAUUAUACAAAACGUGUUCUGUUGACAGAUUAAAUAAUAGACGAAUUCAAUAUCGAAACCAUAAUUUCAAUUGGGUUGUAAUUAUCUCUAUAGACAAAACAUACAUAUUAAAGGAUAUAUUAUACACAAAGUAAGCUCGAGAAAUUUGUUAAACUCUCUUCGAUUUUAGUAGAACAUUUUAAACUAAAAAAAAACAAAUUUACAAGAAUAAUAUUGUUUUGGGUUGGUAAAUUGGGGACUGAUUUCCCCCCGGCCCAGCACCCUUCUACACAUAUAUAUCAUCCUAUCAUCUAUAAAUAUAUUAUACAAAAUAUAUAUAUAUAUGUAAUUAUAAGCGAAUCUUUGGCUACAUGUACUUUUUCGUAACCGUAUACAUCAUCAAUAAUAUAUGUAAUCGAACUGGCACAUAUUCACAAAACAUACUCGUACAUACAUAUAUUUAUAGCGACAAAUGUAGAACAGACAGUACAUAAAUAAAUACAGGCAUCCAUUCGACAAACAUAUAUGUAUCAUGGCACACCCACCAACCCACAAAUACACCCCAUAACUACUCGUACAUAAUCGAACGAUAACAAAACAAAUGCCGAAAAUGCUGAAAAAUAUAUAAAUAUAAAAUUGAAAUUCAAACGAAAUACUCAAGCAUAAAGCGUCUAACUUACACGACUUCUAAUCUGUUGCAAAAUACUAUACCAAAUAAAUACUCGAAUUAUUGUGAAAGUAUAGCAAAGAUAUAUGUAUUUAUAUGUUGUCGGUAAUUGAUGAAAACCAUGAUCAACAUGCCCCAUUCCAGGCACCCAAUGCCAUGGAAUGGUUGCACUCACAAAAUUUAUUGCAAGUCUAUAUAUACACACACACAUACAAUAAAUUAUUCCAACAACAGCUAGGAAAAACAAAAGCAUUAAAGUAACAAAUAAAUGAGUUGAUGAUUGAUACAAAA